AUGGAGUCAUUGUUUACUCUCUUGCAUGUGCUAAUGGCCAUCAUCAAUUUUUCCAGAGCUAACGAGACAAUUUGUAGCUUGUAUGGAGAACGUGCAUACCCACAUCUGUGGAAAGAUGGUGAUAUCAUAGUUGGAGCUAUUUUUCCUUUUUAUAGUAACUGGGAGAUCUCUGACUUAUCUUAUUCAGUCAUGCCACCUCCAGUAAAGUGCACAAGCAUGGAAUUUAAAGGCUUCCAUUAUUCACAGACCUUAAUUUUUGCAUUAGAGGAAAUCAACAAUAGUUCUACGUUACUGCCUGGAGUCUUGUUGGGCUUCAAGAUUUAUGACACCUGUGGCUCCACAUCUUUGGGUGUUAAAGCGGCAAUGACACUUCUGAAUGGGAAUGAGAACUCUGUCUCUAAUGGGAUCUGCACAAAGCCAGCUGAGGUGCAGGCCAUAAUAGGAGAGACAUAUUCAUCAGUGUCCAUGGCUAUAGCAAAGAGUAUUGGACCUUUCAGCAUGCCCUUAAUCAGUUACUACUCUACUUGUGAAUGUCUCAGUGAUAAAUCAAAAUAUCCCUCAUUUCUGCGCACUAUUCCCAGUGAUUUCCACCAAAGCAGAGCACUUGCAGAGAUGGUCAAGCACUUUGGUUGGACCUGGGUGGGAGCAAUAAGAAGAGAUGAUGAAUAUGGCAAUAGCGGAAUGGCAACUUUCUCGAAUGUGGCAGAACAGCUAGGGGUCUGCUUAGAAUAUUCCCUUCCAUUCUUACCAACCUACUCACAUGAAAAAGUGCUGAGAAUUAUUGAGCAAAUUAAAAUGUCCACUUCUCGUGUGAUAGUAGCCUUUUUCACUCAAUGGGACUUCGAUGUUUUGCUACCCAUGCUUUCUGAACACAACAUCACCGGCUAUCAGUGGGUGGGAACUGAGGGCUGGAUCUCUGAUCCAGUAGUGGCCAAAUUAGAUAAGCACAACAUACUGCAAGGAGCUAUAGGGCUAGCCAUUCCCAAAACAAAAGUCACAGGUCUGAAGGAUUUUAUUCUUGAUAUUAAACCACUGAAAUCGGUAGGCAGUACCAUUUUUACUGAAUUCUGGGAAGCUUUGUUUAAAUGCAAAUUUACAGUGCAGAAUGAUUCAGAGGACUCAACAGUAUGUACAGGUGAAGAGAAACUCUCUGAGAUAGAAAACACCUUUACUGAUAUGUCUUUUAUGCCAAUUUUCAAUAAUAUCUAUAAAGCAGUCUAUGCCAUAGCCUAUACUCUACACAGUCUUCUUGGCUGCCAACAAACAUGUCCUACAAAGAAGCAGCCGGAUCUGUUCACAUUUCUAGAACAACUCAAAAAGGUGCGUUUCAAGACAAAAGAUGGUGAAGAAGUUUAUUUUGAUGCAAAUGGUGAUCCUCCAGCAAAAUAUGAAAUAAUAAACAGGCAAAUGAGUCAAGAUCAUCAGUUUGAAUUUGUUACAGUUGGACUUUAUGACUCCUCAUUUCCUGUUAAUGAUCGAUUAGCAGUAAACAUGGCCUCUAUUGUGUGGGCAAACAAUUCAAAUCAAGUGCCCACAUCUGUAUGUAGUGAGAGCUGCCCCCCUGGUACAAGGAAAGCUGUACAGAAAGGAAAACCAAUCUGCUGUUUUGACUGCAUACCAUGUGCUGCUGGAGAGAUCAGUAAUAUGACAGAUUCCAUUGAAUGUGAACAAUGUCAGCAAGAUUACUGGUCAAAUGCUGAUAAGAGUAAAUGUGUAAAGAAGGAAGUUGAAUAUUUGUCCUAUGAAGAAACAAUGGGGAUUUUGCUAACAGUUGUUUCUAUUGUUGGUUCUUUAAUGACAAUUAUAAUAUCAGUCAUAUUCUUUAAAUAUAAAAAUACACCAAUAGUCAAAGCCAACAACUCUGAGCUGAGCUUCCUGCUGCUCUUCUCUCUGACUCUGUGUUUCCUCUGUUCACUUACUUUCAUUGGUCGGCCCUCUCAGUGGUCCUGUAUGCUGCGUCACACAGCGUUUGGGAUCACCUUUGUCCUCUGUAUCUCAUGUGUUCUGGGAAAAACAAUAGUGGUGUUAAUGGCCUUCAGGGCUACACUUCCAGGGAGUAAUUUAAUGAAAUGGUUUGGGCCUCCACAGCAGAGACUCAGUGUACUCGCCUUCACUCUUGUACAGGUUCUUAUCUGUCUGCUUUGGCUGACAAUAUCCCCUCCAUUUCCCUUUAAAAAUCUAAUUCACUACAAAGAAAAGAUCAUUCUUGAAUGCAGUUUGGGCUCAGCUAUAGGUUUCUGGGCUGUACUGGGUUACAUAGGAUUUCUUGCUUUCUUGUGCUUUAUUUUAGCUUUUCUAGCUAGGAAGCUUCCGGAUAAUUUUAAUGAAGCAAAAUUCAUUACAUUCAGCAUGCUGAUGUUCUGUGCAGUUUGGAUCACAUUUAUUCCUGCUUAUGUGAGUUCACCUGGAAAAUUUACUGUAGCUGUAGAGAUAUUUGCUAUUUUAGCAUCAAGCUUUGGUUUACUAUUCUGUAUCUUUCUUCCAAAGUGUUACAUAAUUAUCAUGAAGCCAGAGAAAAACACUAAAAAGCAAAUGAUGGGCAAAGUGCCAGGUCAGUGA